AUGUUCGCGACGAAACUCCGACGAAAAGAAAAUAUUAAAACGAUUGCGAGAUUUUCAUUUAAAACGGCUGCUAGUUUAUCAUAUAAGAUACACGGAGAGGCGCAUUCCGACGAACCGACAGUAUUAUUAUUUCAUGGUCUUUUAAGUUCUAAAAAACAUUGGGAUAGUAUUGGAAAGACAAUAUUAAACGUAACAAAGAGGGCUGUGGUCUCUGUGGACUUGAGGAACCACGGCGACAGCCCGCACACGAACUCUCACAAGUAUGAGGAUCUAGCUGAAGAUAUAUUGAAGCUAUUGGACAAGCUGUCCAUAACCAGAGCAAGCUUCGUAGGGCACAGUAUGGGUGGGAGAGCCGCAAUGACUGUCUCGCUGAUGGCGCCAGAGACCGUGGCUGGUCUAUUGGUCGUGGACAUCUCACCGAUAUCGAACUCGACGCAGCUUACAGACUACUAUCCUCGUGUACUAGAAGCGAUGAGAGGAGUGGAUUUUAAGAAACAGAAAAAAAUCAGUACUGCUAAACAAAAGGCUAAGAAACAAUUAGAAAAUAUCAUCAAGGACGACAUUUUGAUGAGGGCCGUGCUGUCUAACGUCAAAAUGAAACCGGACCACACGAUCGGCUGGGCCUGCAACGUGGACAUAUUAAUCAAACACUUUAACUACAUAACCACAUUUCCGGAGAACGUGUUGAAAAAAAGAUAUUACGGCCCAACUCUCUUUAUGGGUGGACAGUUGUCGGAGUAUCUGCCCCCCGACGACCUGGUCGGAAUCCGCGAGAUGUUCCCGCGAGCCGUCAUCACAUACGUGCCACAAGUCGGUCACAAUAUACACGUGGAAGAUCCGAAAACUUUCUUAGAACUCACAAUAUCGUUUCUUCGUACCAAUAAAUAA